AUGAGCUUAUUUAUUUAUUUUAAGAAAAUUUUUAAAUUAAUUUAUUCUUUGUGGAUUAAUUUAUUUAAUAAUUUAUUGCUUUAUCCACUACUUGGACUUUUACAAAAAGAAGGAAUUUUUGAUAUUUAUUUUUUGAAUCAUGGUUAUGUUGAGGAUGAGGAUGAAAAUAAUAAUAAUAAAUUUUCACAACCUAAUUCUCUAACAAAAUUAGUCCAAUCAGUUGGAAAUUUCCCAAAAGGAAUAGAAGGAGAUGCUUUACAUGCUCAUUGUUUACUUUAUGAGAUAACAUUAGCUCAAUGUCCUUUAUAUGAAUCAUUGAAGGGUUUAAAACUUUUAGAAGUUGGAUGUGGUCCUGGUGGUGGAUUGAAUUGGAUAAAAGUAGCGCACCCAGAGAUCGGUUCUCUUUAUGGAUUGGACAGACAUCCACCACCUUCUGACAGUCUUUCUUUGGGUAUUAAUGUUAUUUCUGGUAUGGCAGAAAAAUUGCCUUUUGCUGAUUGUUCUUUUGAUAUAAUAAUUAACGUGGAAAGUAGCCAUUGUUAUGGGGAAGGAGAAAUGGAAUUCUUUCAUGAAGUUAGCCGAGUUCUCAAAAAAGGAGGUUAUUUAUGUUGGACAGACAUUAGAACAUCCAAAGGAUUAAAAUUAACAUUAGAAUAUGCAGAAAAUUCAAAAUUAAAAUUAAUUUCUCCUCUAACAAAAAUAAAUAAACAAAUUCUUCGAGGAAUUAAAAAGACUUCUUCAAGAUAUGAAUUGUUAUUGGAAAGGGCCCCCUUUUGGAUUAAAAUAUUUGGAAAUAAUUUUAGAAAAGUUUUUGCCCCAAAUAGGGAAAAAUUGGAAAAUGGAGAGCAUUUGUAUAUGCUUGGAUGUUGGCAAAAAAGUUAA